AUCUUUAACCUAAUCAUUUAUAUUUAUUAAAUAAUCUCCAAAAAUAUAUUCACUUAGAAUUAUAUGACAAGUAAGAUAUUGUAGAUUCACAAAUAUAUUAUAAAUAAAUGUAAAAAAUUAUAGUGUUUAGGGCUGUGCGUCAGAAGCCCAUUUAAACCUUAGACCAUGCACAACGGGAGUACACGACGAAGCCUUAGCACGAAAACUUAGGUAAAACCGAAUAGAAUAAUAUUAUUUAGGUUAAUCGACAUAAGGAUUGGUCCGUGGCCAAGGCUUUUAAGAGAUUGAUCCUUAGCAACGUGUCAACUCCUGAGUGGGACGGGGUCGGUUUGAUUUUCGGUUUGGUUUAAAAAAAAAGUUCAUUCUCGACGGACACCGAAAAAAAAAAAGGAGAGCUCGAGGGAAGGCGAUAUUUGCCGUUUGAAAUCGAUCGUCUUCACGAAGGUAAAUCGAAGCGUUAACCUGUAUUUUUGAUCUUUAUAGCUUAGUUUUCAUGUAGAUUCGUCUUAUUUUAGUGGUUCGGGGAUGCGUUUGAAUCGAUUUGGGUUUCGAUUGAAAUUAGGGUUUUAAAAAAAUUUGGGGUUUAAUCGAUUUGGGGUUUAUAUCCAGUAUGGGGGUUUGUAUAAAGAGUUUUGACAUGAUUUCGGUUUCAAUCUGAAGCGGAUUUGUAUCUUAUUUCUUAAACGGUUUCGAAAUGAAAUAUGUUUUCAACUGAAGAGGAUUUUAUCUUUUUUCUCGAACCAGGUUUCUCAACCUUUUAGGUUUCAAACUAAGAGAAAACAAAAUAGGGUGAGAUUAAUGAGAGUGUGUCUGCCAAAAGUGUCGGUUGAAUAUGUCGUUGCUCUAAUCUGAAGAGAAAACAACCGGUCGUCUUUGUUUUUGGUUCCUUUUUAUUCAUCUGCUUUCCAUUGUUGUUGUAUAUGUCGUUGCUCUAAUUAUGUUGUUUUAAAUUCCAUAAUUUUUUUUUGUAUCUAACUCUCUUUGUUAAUCAUUUGUCUCAGGUUAACCAAAUGGGACAAGAUUACAGCUAUUCUCAGCCUUCUUCAUCAUCAAACUCGAUAGACAUGAGCUCCCUUCUUGAAGCUGAAGCUAAGAUGUACGCGGAUGAAGCUGAGAGUCCCUUCUGCAACGCAGAGCCGGAUCAGUUCGCACCUCAACCAGAGGCUGAUGAUGGCAUCCCUACGGCUUGCUACUGCGGUGCGCAGCCUGUUGUGAAAUGCUCUUACACACCUAAGGAUCCAUACCGAAGAUACUUCUCGUGCCCCAAUGUCGAUGAUGGGGGCUGCCACAUAUGGAAAUGGUGGGAUGUGGCUUUAACGGAGGAGCUCAGUGAGGUUCAUAGACAUGUCAGACAGCUGAAGGAUCAAGCUUUUGAGUGUGACCAGAAGCUGCUUAAGCUACAGAAGACGGUGUGUGAGGUGAAGAAGAAAUCUGAGCAUACAAAUGUGGUUGCAUUGGGAGUUUGUGUACUGCUGUCGGCAAUAGUAUUCAUAGGUUUGGCUGCUGUGUACCUGAGUGGAAGAGCGUCCAAGAAGUAAACUAGAUCAACUAGUGAAGCUCAAGAGUGUCUGUUUAAUCAAGGUUUAUCUAAGUAGGCAUGUGAAGGAAGUCACGGGUUGAAGUCACGGGUUGGAGUCACGGGUGGAAGUCACGGGUUCUUCUCCCUCACCUAAUGUAUUAUAAGUAGAAUGUAAUGUAGUCUUUAACUUUCUAUCUCGGAGAGGUGUUUUCCUUUAGCCUCUAAACUUGUUUCAUGUUAUUCAAAACUUGUGUUUGUCGGUAAUGUUGUAAUAUUUCAAGGAAGGCAGGAAUCAUUGUUCAAACCUUCUGUAUCUCGGUAAGGUUGUAAUAUGUAUGAAAUGCUUUGUGUCCUCUUGUUCUUACGUUUAACUCAUUGAUGUUGUGUUCAACUCACUAAAAUAUAAGCUCAUGAACUUUUUUGUAUUAAUGUUUAGCUCAUGAACUUUUU